AUGUCCUGUAUGGGAACGGCAAUGGAUGUCACAUGCUCCUAUGAUGGCGCUGACACCAAUAAUGGCUUAGCAGAUGUAGACACCUCCUUACUGCAGCAGCUAGCGGCUCUUCUAUUGCUUAUAUCUCCAUUCUUUUUCUGGGGCACCUCAAUGGUGGCCAUGAAGGUGCUGGCGCCUCGCACUGCGCCGCUUUGGGUGAGUGCGGUGCGGCUGCUGCCGGCGGGCGCGGUGCUGGUCGGCUGGGCCGCCAAGCAGGGGCGCCCGCAGCCGUCCGGCCGCAUGGCCUGGGCCGCCAUCGCCGCCUUUGCACUCGCCGACGGCGCAUGCUUCCAGGGGUUUUUGGCGGAGGGCCUGCAGCGGACGUCGGCGGGCCUGGGCAGCGUGAUCAUCGACUCGCAGCCGCUCACGGUGGCGCUGCUGGCCGCGCUGCUCUUCGGCGAGCGGCUGCGGCCGGCCGGGAUUGCCGGCCUCGGCGUCGGCGUCCUCGGCCUGUGUCUCCUGGAAGCUCACCCCGAGGCCAGUUCCAUAUGGGACAGCGGGGAGUGGUGGAUGCUGCUGGCUGCCCAGAGCAUGGCCAUCGGCACAGUCAUGGUGCCCUGGGUGAGUCGCUAUGCAGACCCGGUCAUGGCGACGGGGUACCACAUGCUGCUGGGAGGGGUGCCUCUUCUGGCGCUGUCCAUUGCCCAGGAAAGCGACGUGCUUCUUGAGCGGCUGCCCCAGCUCACAGGCCAGGACGGCUGGCUGCUGGUGUACAUCUCCCUGCUGGGCUCGGCGGCCUCCUACGGCGUCUUCUUCUUCAACGCAGCCCAGGGAAAUCUCACGGCGCUGUCCAGCCUCACAUUCCUCACACCUGUAUUUGCAGCCAUCACAGACUAUUUCGUGCUCGGGGAGGUGCUCACUCCCCUGGAGCUUGCUGGCGCAACUGUGACUCUGGGAGCGGUGUAUCUGUUGAACACACAGUCGGUGUCCAAGUCCGAAGCUGCACCCUGA